GGUGAGGUGACGUCGUAAUCAAUUGUUUCAGUCUCAUGUAUCCGUAGCCGCGAUUAGCCGACCAUACUGUCAUCAACGUUUACAAUAAUUAGCAAGAAAAAAGAAAGAAUGUAAAAAAUCACACCGUCCAAAAGAAGAAAAAAAAAAGCAGAGGAGUGCAUGGCACGGACCUGAGAAGGGUUGGAUAUUUUGUUUAGUGGUAUAUGUCAACAUCUCUCAGUUAACAAGUCCCACCCACUCGGGCUCUGAUAUAUAAAGAGGAAAGCGAUUUCAUAACCACACAACACAUCUCUCCCGCUAUUCCUCUGUUUCCAUAAAACAAAGAGAGAGCCAUCCUCUUGUCUUUUUAAAUCUCCAGUCGGCUGACACAUCUAUAUAUGGCUACGGCUAAGAACAAGGGAAAAUCCAUCAUGAGCUUCUGUACCAGCGAAGUAGAGAAAAUGGAUCACGAGAUGGAGUCAGAGGAGGCGCUCCAAUUUAAGAGUAAAGAUAAUUCAGGUUCAGACAUGUGGAAGCCACUUGUUGGAGAAACAUCCUCGACAACGUUGUCGCAGAGAAGCCUUAGAAAGAUUAGGACCAUUGACCGACACAACCCUUAUCUUUUAUCCUCUUCCUGUGUUACUCCUGAUCAGCCGCCGCCACCAACUACUGCUUUUCCCUUUUCCCUUGCUCCAUCUAAUAUUCAAAACCAGCAACUGUUUUCAUACCCGAGGCAAAUGCAAAUGAUCUCGUUUGGUCCUCAACGUCAGGUGUAUCCAUUUUUAAACGCACAUCAGCAGCAACAACAACAUAUGAUGCAGUACUGGAGAGACAUACUGAAUCUGCCACUGCCACUACAACUAGCGAGACCGAUCCAACCCUUCAGCGCCACCAAACUGUACAGAGGGGUCAGACAGCGCCACUGGGGGAAAUGGGUAGCUGAGAUCCGCAAGCCAAGAAACAGAACACGUCUCUGGCUCGGGACAUUUGAUACAGCAGAGGAAGCCGCUAUGGCAUACGACCGGGAGGCCUUCAAGCUGAGGGGCGAGACCGCAAGGCUUAAUUUCCCGGAACUCUUUCUGAAUAAGCAAGAGUCAACUCCGCUGCAUCAGAAACAGUCUGAAACGCCUGCUGCUGCGGAGGCAAGCGAGAGAGGAAAUGAUGAUUCGAGUGUGGCAGUGGGAAGGGUGAGUGAUGACACAGGUUGGGCUGAGGCAUGGUUCAAUGCAAUUCCAGAGGAGUGGGGACAAGGAAGCCCUCUCUGGGAUGAUUACCAUUUUCCUAUUUCUUAUAACCAGAAGGAAGAUCAUGAACAAGAUCAACCACCCCGACAAAAAUAAACUCUGAAUUCUUAUGAUAAUUUUACAAAGCUAGUUUGCACUUUCACUUCAUCAGUCCUCCUAGCAUACAUAGACAAUUAGGUAAGUUGUACGCACGACUUGUGAUCUGGAGACAGUUUUUGUCAUCUCCUCCCACCAUAACUCUCACAUUCUGAUUCUCUAUUACCAGCGUCAUUUUUGUUGAUAGGUAAUUGUGAGGAUCUAACGUGAUCAAUCAUCACUAUAUAUAAGCUCUGUUGGUGUUUGUACUUUUCCAAUACCCCUCUUUGUCUUGGAUUAUCUUAUGUAACAUAUGAACAAGUCAAUCUGAUCCGAAUGAGUAAGUUGUCUUACUUUUACCA